AUGGCUGCAGUCAAGAAAAACCCUAACAAGGAAAAGGGGCCCCCAGGGGCCCCCCAAAUGCCCUCCUACUUCAGGACCAGCGAGACAUAUUACCUCGACCCGGACACCAAGAGGUUUAAGUAUGUGCUGCGCAGCCCGCGUUUGGUACUUGAUGGAAGCAACAAAGAAAAGCACCAACAAGGGGCCCCUGUCUUACAGAAGCGCCGCAGCAUCUUCAAGGGGCCCCUCUAUUCUGUGGGGCCCUCGAGUUUGUCUUCUUCUUUUCUAAAAGACAAAAGAAUAGAACCUCUUUUGUCUUAUUAUUCUGCCUAUAAGGUCCCGCGGCUGCCUCUGAGGGCCCCCGCUGCAGCAGCAGCAGCAGCAGCGCAGCAGCAGCAGCAGCAGCAGCAGCAGCAGCAGCAGCAGGGGCUUUUUCUGCAGCAGCUGCUCAGAGAGGCCCCGCAGCACAGCAGCAAAGACAGCCAGCUGCUGCGCCGAGACAGCAGCAAAGUAGACCCUGGGGGGGCCCCCCGAAGCAGCUUCGGGGGGCCCCCCAGGGGGGCCCCCCUUGACUUGAGUUUAGUGGGUGUACCCUCUUUGCUGCAGCUCAAGGAGCUGCCAUCAAGGCGGCUUUCGCGCAGCAGCAGCAGCAGCAGCAGCAGCAGCAGCAGCGGCAAUCGAGGGAUACGUGCUGACUCGAAGGCUGCUUUUUCUGAGUCUGCUGCUGCUCUUGCUGCUGCUGCUCCUGCUGUGGAGAGGCAGGCUGCUGCUGCUGCUGCUCCAAAAUCAGGAGCAGCAGCAGGACCAGCAGCAGCAGAAGCAGCAGCAGCAGAAGCAGCAGCAGCAGCAGCAGCGGGACCGGCAGCGACAGCAGCAACAGCAGCGGCGUCAGCAGCAGCAGCAGCAGAAGCCGCAGCAAAAGCGCUAACAGCAGCAAACUCCCCUGAAGACACAGCUGCUGCUGCUGCUACUGCUGCUGCAGCAGGGCUGCUGCUGCCCCCGCUGCUGCUCCCCACACACAGCCCUGGCUGCGGAAGCCCCUGGGGGCAGCAAAGUUAUCGGUCAAGUAUUACUAGGGGCCCCUCCCCGGGGGCCCCCGAGGGGGGGCCCCCUUGGGGGCCCCUGGGGGCCCCCUUGGGGGCCCCCAGGGGGGCCCCCAUAGGGGGCCUCCCUUGGAGAACAGCGGGGGAGGGUUCCUGGAAAGACACGUCUCUGAUGCUUCCUGCUGCUGCUGCUGCUGCUGCUACUCCCGCUGUUUCGUCUGCUGCUGCUGCUGCUGCUGCUGCUGCUGCGCGCCCGCGAGCCAGCUCAACAGCAAAGGGAAAAGGGGAGGCAGCAGCAGCCCCGCCGCUGCUGCAGAAGAAGAAGUCCGGAGCAGCAGCAGCAGCAGCAGCAGCAGCAGCAGCAGCAGCAGCAGCACCUGCAGCAGCAGCAGCAGCAGCAGCAGCAGCAGCAGCAGCAGGAGUAGCAACAAAGGGCUCAGACCUCGCCAGGGCCCGCGGCUUUCUGCGCAAAGAAGGCGAAGCAACGCAGCAGCAAACAGCUUCGCUGCUGCAGGGCUUAGCAGCAGCAGAAGCAGCAAAACAAAAAACUAGGAAGCAAAUAAAAGCUGCCUGGGCUUUGAAAGCAGCACUAAAAGCCACCAAGGAGGCGCUGCAGCAGAAGCAGCAAACUCUGGAGGGGCCCACGCUCCUCACUGCCUUUGGAGAAUACCAGCAGCAGCAGCAGCAGCAGCAGCAGCAGCAGCAGCAGCAGCAGCGGCAGACGCUGAAGCUGCUUGUCGGGCCGGAUACGCCACAGCAGCAGCAGCAGCAGCAGCAGCAAGAGGAAGCAGCGCAAGGAUCGCCAAGAAAGACAGAAGACAAGUUGCCGCUGCGGUCCCAUAGUGCAGCAGCAGCAGCAGCAGCAGCAGCAGCAGCAGGACAGCCAGCAGCGCCGCCCUGGCGACACGCAGCGUCGGCAGCAGCCCCUGCAGCAGCAGCAGCAGCAGCAGCAGCAGCAACAGCAGCAGGGGCAGCGGCGCCAGCCCUUGCGUCGCGCGCAGGCUCCCAAGCAGCCCUCUCCCCAGCCCAGCAGCAGCAGCUCGUGCAGCAGCAGCAGCAGCAGCAGCAGCAGCAGCAGCAGCAGGCCCCGCGAGCUACAAAGUGUGGGCGGAGCCGUGCUGCAGUCUGCGGCGAGUUGCUGUUUGUGUGGAGACAAGUGCUGCAAUGA